UUCGUAUCCUAAUAAUCUGUGGUCAUUUCACAUUUUCAUUAGCUUUGGUUUUUGAUUUAGUUUUUCGGAUUGUGUGAAUUUUAUUCAAUUAAUUUUAUCGUGUAAGAAUACAUGAAUAAAAAAUAAAUAGUACUAGAAUUUAUAAUAAUACUUAAAUAUGGUGCUUUUAGACCGGAGUUCUUAUUUAUAGCGCCGUGGCGGGUUGUGAGCAAGGUGCGGGCGGGGCAGGCUCAGGCGGCGGGCGGCCCGGCGACACCAUUCGCCGCGUCAAAGUGAAGAUGUCCUCGGUGUCCGCACAGGGCGUCGUGGAGCGCGCCUCGGCGGAGCUGUCGCGCCGCAUCACGGGGCUGGGUCUUCGCGGCCGCAAGCGCUCGCCCGGCGUGGUGGAACGCGUGGCCAAUGCGUUAUGCGGGCCCGCCGCCGCCGCCGCACCGCGCAUCCCGCGCCGGCGCCGCCCCUCGCCGCGACCGCUCGUGUGGAGCCAGUUCAUUCUGGAAGACAGAUUCCUCGAGAAAUUUUUCCUUUAUUUCAACGCAAUCGAGAGGAAAUCACUGGCACAAGUGUGUACAAAAUGGCGUGACAUCCUAUACUCCACGCCGCGGUGGUGGUCCGGUUUGGUGGCAGUGAUGGACUGUCGGGACAUGAGAUCGGAGUCCGGCUGCUGUAUGCAGAGGUUUUACAACUCUGUAGUGAGGAGAGGAAUACGAGGCAUCGUUUUAGUAUCUGCCACCGAUGAUGAUAUAAAUGAGUUCAUCAAACAGUUUCCCGUAUCGGCACACCAUGUACAUGCAAUCGGUUUGAAAGGAUGCACAAUUACUGAUCGCGGAUUAGAAGCUGUAUUGGAUCAUUUACAGGUACUAUUUGAGCUAGAACUAACUGGCUGCAAUGAAAUAACGGAGGCUGGUUUGUGGGCAUGUCUAACUCCUCGAAUUGUCUCACUUACGCUUACUGACUGCAUUAACAUUGCUGACGAGGCUGUGGGAGCAGUCGCACAACUUUUGCCUUCAUUAUACGAGUUCUCGUUGCAAGCCUACCACGUAACGGACGCGGCGCUCGGCUAUUUCUCACCCAAACAAAGUGCAUCACUCAGUAUAUUGAGGCUACACAGUUGCUGGGAGCUAACUAACCACGGUGUUGUCAAUAUCGUGCACUCGCUGCCGAACCUGACAGUGCUGUCCCUGAGCGGCUGCAGCAAGGUGACAGACGAGGGUGUGGAGCUGCUGGCCGAGAACCUGCCGCGCCUGCGCAGCCUCGACCUGAGCUGGUGCCCGCGCGUCACCGACAACGCGCUCGAGUACAUCGCCUGCGACCUCAACCAGCUCGAGGAGCUCACGCUUGACCGGUGCGUGCACAUAACGGACAUCGGCGUGGGCUAUAUCAGCACGAUGCAGUCGCUGGUGGCGCUGUUCCUGCGCUGGUGCUCGCAGGUGCGCGACUUCGGCGUGCAGCAUCUGUGCGGCAUGCGCUCGCUGCAGCUGCUGUCCUUGGCAGGUUGUCCUCUACUUACCUCCGGCGGUUUGUCGAGUCUCAUCCAACUGCGACAACUUCGCGAGCUGGAACUCACGAACUGUCCCGGUGCGUCUCCCGAGCUCUUCGACUAUCUCCACGAGCACCUACCGCGAUGCCUCAUCAUAGAAUAAGGUACUACGAUCACACACACUUGUACGACUAUAUCAGGGAUGACCAACCUUUCGAACGUCAUGAAUGUGAGUAAUUUAAUUUCAAUUACAAAUAAAAAACAGUUUCCGAUAAAAAAAAAAUGAUUUCUUAAUUAUUAUUAUUAUUGGCGUGCACGAAUUAUUUUAUAGGUAAUGUGUAUGACACCUGUCAUAGGUUGUCAGAGGUUGGCCAUCUCUGGACUAUUUGAUUCUGAACCUGCACAUAAUAAUUAACAUGGCAGAGUAUUUUAUAGGUUUCAUGUAUGGCUGCGUGGCUUUAUAUCGCAUUUCAAUUUUUUUUUUUAUUUACAUAUAAAAAAGGAAUACAACAUGAUAAUUUUUCCUCUUUCUCCAUAAGCAGAAAUAUUUGCGGGUGCAAAAUUCCUUGCAUAUUUGUUUAUUAGCUAUUUAGUUAGUAUGGAUAUAAUAUAUGCAGCCACUACAAAUAACCUAACAUUUCAACAUUACGUAAUAGCCAUAAAAUAAACGAAAAACAUCAAUUUACUGUAAUAUGUGCAUUUAUACAUAAACAAUUAAAAUCUGUUGAUUUGUCAAUUUGCUAAACCGGUGACAUAUACAGAGUGUCCCGUAAUUAAUGGACAAAACGCAAACUGGUGUAAUUAGAUGGUGGUAAAACACCACCAUCUAAUUAUCUUAAACUAAUAUGAAUAAUUACAUUGAAAACAUUUUAACCAGCAACUUUGUAACUACAAAAAGAAGACACAAGUUUAAUACCAAUUUACCAACCUUUAUAAGGGUACAGGUUUUUAAAAUGAUAGGACAAUUUUUUUUAUUCGGGUCAUCUUAAUGAAAGAAAAAUAAUUAUUGCACUCAAAGUUUCUUCUUAUAAAACAAAUAAAACAGUAUUUACAAAAAUAGUAUUACAAUAGAUUGGUAUUUUUGGAAAACUACUCAAAAACUAGGUAUUUGUAUCUACCGUUUGCGUUUUAUCCAUUAAUUACGGAACACCCUGUAUAUGGAUAAAUAGUCGAUGUCGUUGGAAGUGUUUAACAGACCUGGAGAGACCUAUUUCAUAUAACAAACCAAAACGUACAAUUUGUAUAAAAUAUUUGAAUUACAAUAGAGCAGUUUGUAAAUACAUAGUAUAUGUUGGGAAGAGUCAAUUUAUAAAAUGUUUGCGCAUUUCCAAGCUACUAUAUUAUAUUAUACUCUUUGCAGAUGCCUGAAAAGUGUUGCAUUUCAAUAAACCUACUUAUAAAUAAGAUAAAAAUGGUACUUUAUUAUUAUAAAUCAAUCCAAUAUUACCUUUAAAUUGGUAUUUUUUUUAUAUAUUCCCACGUAGCUAAUUGGUUUUUACUAUAAAAAAAAAUAAUGAGUGUUGCUGUAUAAUUAGAUUUAGUGUUUAACUUUUCACUAUAGUAUGUAUAGAAUAUUUGUUAUGGUUGUGUCCUAUUUGUUUUUUAAAUUACAAUUUAUAGUGUAGUGCACUAUAGGAUAGUGCGGGUAGGAUGUGUCAGUUGACUUAACGUGAAAUUGUGUAAUCGAAAUAAAGGCCAAUCAACACCUGGGAAAUUCUUUCACACCAAUGGUUUUGGAAUCAUCAUCAUCAUUAUUAACAAUCCAUAUUCAACUCCCUGCUAAGCUCGAGUCUUCUCUCAGAAUGAGAGGGGUUAUGCUAAUACUCCACCACGCUGGUCCAAUUGGCAGCCUUCACACACGCAGAGAUUUAAGAAAAUUCUCUGGUGUGCAGGUUUCCUCGCGAUGUUUUUCCUUCACCGUUUGAGACACGUGAUAUUUAAUUUCAUAAAAUGAACAUAAUUGAAAAGUUGGAGGUACAUGCUCCGGACCUGAUUCGAACGUACGUAAUAUCCAUUAGGCUAUCACGUUUUCAGUAUCAGUAUCAGUUUUGGAAUAAUUUCCAUUAAUGUAGACCCUAUUUUUAAAAAUCUUUAAUUGUUUAUAACUUGCUAUUUAUACGUGCGGGUCUGAAAUUUUCGCACAUUUUUCUAGACGUCAUGACGAACGAACGAACACGUAUUUUAUUCGCGGCAUCAGUAUUUAACACUGUUUCCCAGAUGUUGAUGGACCUAGUAAAUUGAUAUUGCCUAAGGGUCGGUUUUUAAAAUAUAUAGAAAAAGAUAUUAAAGUCUAAGAUAUACCCUCAUCUGUUAUUAAUUAUUAGUAAUGAAAAAUGAUAGAUAGUAUUCACAGUGACACUUUGCAAAUAGGUUGCCUAUAGUAUUUUUUUCCUUACAUGGCAAAAAAGGUAAACAAAGAUCCGUCGUCACGACAUUCACAUAUUUCUCACAAACCGUCCGUUUAAACUAAAUCAUUUAUAUACACAUCACUUCAUUUAACGCGCACACCGCGAAUUACAUAAAAACUGCUUGUAAUUAACUAUUAUAUCACAUUUAUUUCACUAAAAACGAAAUCACAACAAGUUUUAUUUCUACAGAUUAACGAAAAUGUUGCGAAUUUGACAUUUCGUAAUGCUAGAUUGUCUAUGAAUUGAAGAGACGGGAAAGAUACAUGAAAUUAUAACUUGUCGAUAAUUAUGUACAUAUUUUUUUAUUUUAAUAUUUGUGUCCUUUGUGGCUUAUAAAUAAAAUAAAUGUGUAUCUUUAUUAACACAGCACCAAAGAAUAUAUUAUACUCCAUGGAGAAGAAGUAAAUCUACAUACAUGAAAACGUUGGACAUAGCAGCGACAUUAUUUCCGCAUACGAAUAUUUUUUCAUAAAGUCAGUGGCAAUUUUAAAUGGAGAUUUUUGAUUUUAAAAUAGUUGAAGGACCUAAUUGAGAAAAAACAAAUAAUAAUUUAAAAAAAUAUAUACAACCGACUUCAAAAUAUUAACGUACCCACGAAAUUAAAAAAGGGAAAAAUAAUAUCAUUAUAUUUUCUGCCAAGCCAGUGUAUUCAAUCUAUUAAUUCAAGGUGUACCGUAAAGAUUUUUGUUUCUCAGACAUUAUUUUUGUCUGUCAUGUGUUUUUUUCAGUAACGACUUAAGUCAACAUCAGACGGGCUUGGCAGCGACUUCAAAAUGAUCAAUAAGUAGAAAAUAUAAUAAUGUUAUCUUUCCCUUUUUAGUUUCGUGGGUACGUUAACAUUUUGAAGUCGGUUGUAUUUUUUCAUCAUAUUUUUUUUUUAUAUUUUUAAUAUACCUAAUAAAUAAAUCAAUCCAUAUGAAAUUCAACCUAAAAUCCACCCAUCUGAAAGUCGGAAUUUUCGGUUAGUUAUAUUAUUGUUAGUCAUACACUACUCAGCAAUCAGCAAUAAUAUAACAACCAAACAACAAAUAAAUAACAAGACUAACAAUUGCAAACGAAACAAAUAAGUAAUGAUGAUAUGGAACAAACAUUGACACGACCUCACUGUGAGCAUGGAAGCGACAAUGUGGCACUUUUUGCUCGCAGUUAACUCAUCCUAAACCGAGCUUAACCGAUAUUAUUAUUAUUACUAUGUCCAACAUUUUCAUGUAUUUCAUGAUUCACUUCUUCUCCUUGGUGUAUAUAUUCUUAAAAUGAUAUUUAAUUUCCUAAAAUGCACACAACUGAAAAGUUGGAAAAUGAAACGAAUACGGAACGUAUUCGUUUUUUAAGAUGACGUAUAGUAACGGAUAUUUUAGUUGAAUUAUUUCAGAUAUAACGAUACCUACUUGAUAUCGUUACGAUGCCCGCGGUUAACUUCUCAACCCUACUGAUUGUCUUUGGUUCAUAGUCAGCCAUUAUUGUUGUUUAAAAUUGACAUCUAAGAAAAUUUCAAGUAUAGAUAAAUUGCGACACAUUUUUCAUACAAAAUCUAGGAAACCAUGAACUAGAUCAAAGGCAACUUACAUACAAAAUUUUUUUUUAUGCUAUUUCCAUAAAAAUUUGCAAUAGUGUGUGGCACUUAAUUAAGUGGACGGUCCUUCCUUUCUUUAAUCAAUCACAAUUAUGACCGUAAUCGUAUUAUGUUUAAUAAAUCAUAAAUUAAAGUACAUACUGCAAAUAUGUUAACCUGUCACCCGCACCAUCCUAUAAUGUAAAUUCCAUAUUUUUAUGUAAAUAUGAAUAUUUACUAUGACUUUCUAUUUUUAGUAUAGAAUAAACUAUAUGUGGAAAUAGUUUGACUAUGUGUUGUGGUACACUUUGAUCUUCCAUCAUCCUUCACAAUUAUAUCCUGAAUCAUAAUAAUUGCUCAAAUUUUCAUGUGAAGUUUUAUCAAGUAUUUAAUGUAAAUAUUUCCUCGACACAGAUAAUAUAUCACUUAAAAAAAAUCUGAUACUGAACCAAUCUAAGUUUGGAAAGAGUUAUAUAUAAAUACAAAUUUCAAUUAUGUGGAAUAAUAUAUUAUAUAAAUAUAAUUAUUCAAUGAAGUCAUAGUAUAUUAAAAUAUGCAUGUUUAUUAAAUUAUUUAUUACAUUAUGUUAUUAAUAAUUGUGAUUUGGGACCUUGAUAACAUUUAAAAAAAACUUAGUCACUUAGCAGUAUUAUAAUAAUGAAAUUAGGUAUAAAUUUCACUCCAUAGAUUUAACUAUAAUAGAGUUAUUUAUUUAACUCCAUUAAUGCAUUUCUCCUUUUUUUUAUUAUUGCAAUACAGUAUUCACUCAAACUCAGAUACUCUUCUAAUUUUAACAGAAACUAUUUGUAACAACUUAUUGUUUGUAUUUAUGAGUUUAAUACAUAAUUAUUAAAAAAAAUACUAAUAAAAAUCUGUCUAGUCAAACCGGUUUUAAUGUAUGAUCAAUUUGCAUAAAAUAAAGCUUCUACAAUGUAAACAAUUGAAAGUGUAUUUUAUUUUACUGGGACAUGAAACUGCGUUAACUUUUUUUUUAUUGUGAAUGAGUUUUCGAUUCACAGUAAAAUAAAAUACAAUGCAUAGAAGUUACGCAAUUAUGAAAAUUAUAAUCCUAUUCAACUGGCUUUAAUAUACUAUACUGAAUCUAAAUUGUUUUUAUCUUGCACAUCAACAUAUCCAUAUUGUGCGACAGUGAUUGUACCAUUAUUUCGUGGUAGAGGAAACAUCUCGAGCAGGUCCAAGGACUUGUGACCUUAUAGUAGGUUUAAGGCUAGUAGGCUAGUAGGAAGGCAUCCCCUUCCUACUAGCCAACACUCACCUUCUCUGCCCGACAUGUUCAUACUAAACAAUAGGGAUGAUGACUUUUUUAAAUUGUAUAUAAAUUAGGAGUAUGCUAAUAGUAAAGCAAUUUUGUAAAAGUAAUAGGAUAUCUGGGAUCAUUACUUUCGGAGCUACAGAGAUUUAAAGGGUCAGAUUUGCGGCACUGCCGCGGAUCCCUGAAAAGCGCCCCAUACAUCAUGGUACGAUUUAAUGACGUCGUAAGUCCAUAAUGAUCGUUAGAUUUGCAUGGGCGGUGAAACAAAAUUACUAAAAUCUUUGUUAUUUAUUGUUUAUGUUUAAUAUAAAAUUUAUACAUUUAAUGUAAGGAAGCUAAAACUGUAUGAAUUUUCAUCUAAUUACGAUAAAAGAUUUUUAAUAGAUUUUGGAAUAUUAACUUAUUUAUUUUGCAAAUAUCCAGUCAAUCUUUGCUUUUUAUGUAUAAAUUAGUUAACAUUGACCCUAUUUACCCGAAUGUAUCAUAAAAAUCAAUAUAUUCAAACCUAGUCAUCAUCCCUAUUUAUGAUAGACAAUAAUAAUACUACUUGUAUGUGUAUGAAGCGAAAGACUGGACAAUAAAAUGACAGAAAAUUACACAUUUCGUCCAUUUAUUCAAACACCAGCACAAUGUGUUUUGUGUUUAAGUGCAGAAUAAAAAUAAUUUAGUUAUACAUAAAAGUAUACAUAGAUAGACAAUUUGCUUUAUACCAUAUCUUACUACUUGUAUGAUUUAUACUAUGAUGAAUUAUGUAUUCUAGUCAAUUUUUUGAUACUUUUUAUUAUUGACAAUUAUGAUUUCUGUGUAUUAGCUUUUUUAUUCUAUAAAAAAAAACAUUUUUACUUUAAUAAAUAAUUUAAGGCAUGUAAUAAACAUACGUCUUGUGAAAAUAGUUUUUAAUAAUAAUAAUAUUAAAGCGAACAAAAUAUUAUUAUUCUGUUCGUAGUUAAAUUUGUCAGAAUUGAGGGUGACUGUACAGUUGUACAUUGUUUAAUAUUACGUUCUUUUUAACUGUUAUACAGAAAAAUGUACUUAGUACAUAUAUGAUCGCUAAGUUAACAAAUCAGUUGUUAAUCUUUACUAAUGUGAUUGUAGCUUUAUAAUUUUAAACAUUUUUAUAACAACUUCUCUGGUAGUUUUUAAAGUAAAUGGGAAAUGUACAGUCCGCCUCGGUUAACUGUCAUAUGAAGCUUUAUAUUAUUAUUUGUUUAUCAUUAAAUUAGUUGCAAUGAUUGCAUAAUUUUUUAAUGUCACUUACAGCUAAUAAAUGUUCUAUAUAAUUCUAAAUACAUUCUGUUGGCCAUGUUAUUUAGUAAAUCUAAACACGUAUUUGUUCUUAAAACUCGAUAAUAGCUUUAACAUUUUGAGGUUGUACCUACCUACUAUUUCCCAUGUUCAGUUUUUUUUUUUGUUUUUUUAUAAGUUGUAUGAAAUAGUAGAUUUCAAGUUAACAGUGGUGUCUUUGGAACAAAGAACUUCGUAUAUACCUAAUAAUUAAACAAAUUUUCAAAAUUCAAAUAAACUUAUUUCAAGUUUAUAUGCACUUUUUUUUUAUCAAAUCAAAUAAUUUAUUUGCUAGAAUGUGGUACUUGUGUUGAUCUUAAAAUUAUGAGUUACCUAGACAUUCAACUAAUUACUUACUUAAAUGAAUAUUAGUUAAUUGUCAUUGUAGUGGCAAACCAUAAAUUAAUUUUAAAACGUAAAGUUACGUAAAGACUAUUUGUCCUACCUGUCGGAAGGCAGGUUCUGCUAAGAAGCAAGAAACUCAACAUUUCUCUUUUAAUGAUAUUUAUUUUUAUUCUUUACAAUAUCAAAAUGAAUAUUAAAUUAUUCAUUCAUUUUUGCAUGAUGGUUAAAGACGAUCAAGUUGCCUCCAAGCAUCAUCCAAAAUAUAUUAGUAUUGUUUAUUUUUAUUAAAUAAUGUCAGCAGAAUAUAAUAUAGUUACAUUUAUUAUUACUAUAUACCGUCCGAAAAUUGUCUGGAUGAGAGAGUGUGAUUGAAAUUAUGAAUGAUUGAUAUUCAGAAAUUGGUGUAAACAAUUUCCAUUAUUUUUAAGUAAAAUUUGACAUAAGGCCAGUGCCAGGCGUAAUCUAGCCUUAACUUUCCACAAUAAUAUAUUUCUUUUUACUCUAUCUUGUUUUGUAUUUCAACUGAAUUGGAAUUUCAUUCUGGGGCACACGUUUUCUGGUUAUUGGACAGUUGUUUAUUAUUUAAUAAAGAGAAAUACAACAAGUAACAAUAAUUUCAUAAGAACAUCAAACAAAAACAUAUAUAAAUGAGACUGCCUAAAGAGUUAAGAGCCGUAAUAGCCCAGUGGAUAUGACCCCUGCCUCUGAUUCCGGAGGGCGUGGGUUCAAACCCAGUCCGGGGCAUGCACCUCCAACUUUUCAGUUGUGUGCAUUUUAAUAAAUUAAAUAUCACGUGUCUCAAACGGUGAAGGAAAACAUCGUGAGGAAACCUGCAUACCAGAGAUUUUUCAUAAUUCUCUGCGUGUGUGAAGUCUGCCAAUCCGCAUUGGGCCAACGUGGUGGACUAUUGGCCUAACCCCUUUCAUUCUGAGAGGAGACUCGAGCUCAGCAGUGAGCCGAAUAUGGGUUGAUCAUGAUGAAAGAGUUAUGAAGAAGCGGGCCUUAACUGUACGGCAUAUGAACGUGUUUCUAAGAAUUACAAAAGACCCUAAACUACGAUAUUAGCCAUUGACCUUUUUACUGUAGCUAUUCAAAUUGUUUCGAAACAUUUAUCUGUGGUCACUCCAAAUGUGGUCGCUUAAUCCGGUAUGUCGUAGUAAGCAAUGAUUUUGAUAAAACAUUGCAGCUGGGACAUUUGACUACGGCCCAUAAGUAUAACCAGUAUGUUGUUCUAAAAGAUGUCGCCAUAAACGGUUUUAACUGUAUAUGCAAUAUACAUAUUCACGUAUAUUCGAAUUAGUGUGUACCCAGAAGUUUUAUAGACUGCAAAUCCCUUAGUUAAUUUCAUAAACAAAGACUUUUUUUAAAUUAUGGAAGUUAUGCAUUAGUAAUUAGAUUUUAAUCUAUCUGAAACGUAGUUUUAAACGACUAACUAGUCUCAUACAUUAUAUAAUAGCACAUAUGAUAUGCAAUAAUACAUCUUAUUGGUAACAAUGUCAUGUGAUUUAUUACCCAAGAGACUUAGACAGCAAUUUAAUCUAAAGUUAUAGACGUGCCUGCAGAAGUUAUGUAGAAUCCUAUGUCUCGAAUAGAUACUCUAUGUAUAAGCGUCUUAAAGUUAUACCUAAGAAAUUAUUUUUUGUGUUUGAAAAUAUUCCUUGUCUUACUUUAGCUACGUCGUAAACAAGACGUGGUUAUAGCUUAACCAGAAAAAUAAAAAAACUUACCAUGUUGCGGAAAAAAGCAACUAUUUUCAAACCAAAAUGUUCUAUUAGCACACACGUCUUAGACUCAAAAAUAAAUAGACUAUUGAUUGACGUGCUGCUGUCGUUGAAAAGAUAUUCGGUUUUGACGUUAUUCCCAGCACAACACACUUUGAAACGUUUUUUCUGUUGGUUACUAUUUAUUAUUUGUAACAAUUUGAGGUGUAAUUUUAUGCUUACACUACGUUUAUAAUGUAUUUUUAAUAUAAGUACGUAUAAAAUUUAUUACUACUCAGCUUUUUUGACCUGUCGCGUCGUUAGUUCUGAAUAAACGGAAUGCGUCAUGACACUGAAUAUCGAAUCGCUUGGUAUUGUUUCCUUACACAUAAGCUAUUCUCUUUUUUGAGAAAAUGAAAUGAAAUUAAUUGAAUUCAAAAAAGAGAACGACUUAUUGCAGAUGCAAUGCGCUAUUUGUUCGUCUAUUUAUUUCUCAGUCAACGACAUGAUUGGCACAUGAGGGUAUAGAGCUUGUGGCGCCCCCAAUUCAGUUUCUUUUUUAUAUUUCUGGUGAGGCUAAAUUUUGAAACUCGAUUAUUUUGUAAUUGUUUUUGAUUAGAUGUAGUGUAUUAUUACAAACCAGAACAGGUUUUAUAACUGAUUGCAUUGCAGUCUUUAGUAAGUCAAUGGGAGAUACACAAAUGCAUACACAAUGAAUUCUAUGGCAGCUCUAACCCUUAAUGCUGAUGAUAUAUUUUGGCAAUACUCCUAUCUUCUCAUCUUAAAUCUCCUAUAAUAUGGAAUUGGGAAUAGUGUCGGUAUCCAAUGCAGUCAUGUUUAACUUGCAAUAUACUGAAACAGGUAUAUUUGUAUGAUACAUUAAGGUCAGCGAAAACUGACGUAGAGGUGGCGAGGAUCAGUUUAGUAGAGUCCCACAUGUUUCGCUUACAGUCAGAGAGGCCACGCGUCCCUAUUUCUUCCUCUAGCACAGGGCUGUACUCUGGCAGAGCUUCAGCGCUCGCCCAAGCAAAAACAUAGAUUUUUUUUCUUUAUACAUGCAAAUAUAGACGUGCAAAAACAACAUUGAAUAGAGGUUAUUACUGAAUUAGAUGCUUGCCACUCCGUCUGUCUGCGCCGACCCUAAAUGCCGAGGAUAAUGUAAUUAGUGUAUUAUUGUAAUAAUAGAUCUAACGUUGUUGAAAAGAUGUGACUUAUUCAUACUUUUAUCUUAAAGGUUGUAACGUAAAUGACAAAGCAAUAUUUAUAGUUUUACAGUUAAAAUUAAUUAUGAUUUCGAUAUUGUCGUACUUAUAAUUUGCAUGCAUUAAAUAAUUGACCAUUUAUUAUAAACAUUUCAUAAGGAUACCUACCUAACCGCAUCGGUGCGAGUUUCAGAUACCAACUCGGUAAUUAUAUUUUUAUAAAUGUACAAGAAUAAAAUGUAUAUAAAUUGAUUACGCUUCUAAUUAACUUUUUUCUCAACUUUGUAAAAAGAAUGUUCCUUUUUUUUUAAAGAAAAUGUGUAUUAUUUAAAAUUUUCAAAAUAUGAUGCACUUUUUAGAAUUAAUGUUGUUGUGUGAAUUUUGUGUUAUAUUUACUUUUUUAUGUCGAACUUCAUAGACACCUUAUUUGUACAAUACCAAGUGAGAAGUUAUAGUGCAAUAUAGAUGUACUGUUUU